CUAACUAAAACACAACCCCUAAGUUCAAAUACUGUUCAGGAAUUUUCGCAAAAAAAAAAGUAGUAAGUUGGAACCAGAUCCGGACUUUCUUAAGCGUGUGCAUAAAGACCCUUAAAAGAUGAUUUAAAUGCUUUAACCGACCUUCUUUGCCAAAACAACAUUAAUUCAGUGGACGAAAGUUAGAACUGAACGGCAGAAACGGGUUUAUAAUAAGACCAGCCCUGAAGUCAACGCAAUAGUUUCAGCUCUUUUUUAACAACAGAAUUCAGAAAACGUUGGGCACCGUUGAUUGCGGCAUCCAUGGUGAUAUAUAUCGAUGGUACAGCACUCAAUAAAAGGGUCUCGCCUCUGGCGGAUAUCAACUCAGCAACCUCAGCUUCUUGUUCCCUUCUGAAAUGUCGUUUUUUCAGUUACCCUCCAGACACCCAACUUCCUAUCGCCUCAUAAACCUCCUCCUCAUCUCCUCCUGCUUUUCUAUAAUCUACCUCUUUGUAUCCAUAUCCAUCGUCCGUCCAUCUUCCGUCGAACGCGCCCCGUUGUUCGACCUCUCGCCGCCGACCACUCUGGACCAUGUAGUGUUCGGCAUCUCUUCGUCUGCUCAAUCUUGGCCCAUGCGGAAGGAGUACGUGAGGCUCUGGUGGAAGCCAGAACGCAUGAGAGGUUGUGUAUUUGUUGAAAGGAUGCCCACCGGUGCGGACAAGUAUAACCGUACAGAUCAUACUACUCUUCCUCCAAUAUGCAUCUCCCAGGACACAUCUCGAUUUCGUUACACUCACGGCAGUGGUCUCAAAUCAGCCAUCCGUGUUGCGCGGUCUGUGUCCGAGACAGUUGCUCUCAAUCAAACUGGAGUCCGGUGGUUCGUUUUCGGGGAUGAUGAUACCUUGUUCUUCCCGGAGAAUUUGGUGCAGACACUUUCCAAGUACGAUCACAAUCUGUGGUACUACAUCGGGACCUACUCCGAGAGCGCUAAGCAGAAUUCGGUAUUUUCCUUCCAGAUGGCAUACUGGGGAGGGGGCUUUGCUUUGAGCUAUCCUCUUGCCAAAGUACUAGCAAAGGUUUUGGAUUCCUGUCUGGAGCGGUAUCCACAUCUUUAUGGAGAUGAUGCUAGGAUUUUCUCUUGCUUGACAGAGCUGGGAGUCGGUUUGACAUAUGAGCCAGGGUUUCAUCAGGUGGAUCUUAAGGGAGAUGCAUUCGGGUUGCUGGCCGCACACCCACUGAAACCAUUGGUAUCACUUCAUCGAUUGGAAGAUAUAGAACCGGUCUUCCCUAAAAUGGCAAGAAAGCAAGCUUUAGAACACUUGCUUGAAGCCGUGAAGCUCGACCCGGGGAGGAUUCUGCAACAAACUAUUUGCUACGACCGUUGGUUUCAAUGGACAGUUUCAGUCUCGUGGGGCUAUGCUGUUCAGGUAUUUGAGGCCCAUAUACUUCUUCCAGACGUACUCCCUGUGCAACGUACAUUUGAGCCAUGGAAUAAGCGAGACACUUCUCUGCCGCCUCUGCAUAUGUUUGACACGAGGGAGCUUCCCGAAGACCCCUGUAGAAGGCCUAUCAUCUUCUUUCUAGAAAGCGUGUCUUCUGAUCAUAGAGAAAGGAUAAAGAGCACUUACAGGAGUACUAUUUCCGAAAAAUGCUUAGAAAGCAAGGACACAUCAAAGAAAUUGAAACAGAUCAUAGUGUUCUCGAAAAAGCUAAAUCUUGACAUCAGACAGUUACGGGCCCCAAGACGGCAUUGUUGCGACAUAUUAACUUCUUCGGCCAGUGAAGUAUUGGAGAUUGGCAUCAGAGAAUGCAGAGAAGAAGAAAUGAUCUUCAUGCACGUGUAGUAGUAUUUCGUCAAAAAUUAUUAGCGGAUGCUGGGAUGCUUAAUAGUGGAAGCUGGGCAUACAUGCAGCAGAGUCCGAUUAAUGAAAGUUCGCUCGAGAUCGAUGAAGCUAAAAGUUGGAAAGGUAAGAUCUGAACAGGCUGAAUGUAGGAGAAAAUCAACCAGUGCAAUUCCUCCAAUUUCUCAAUUUCCUAAUAUCAUGAUGCAUUUGACCGUUGACCCAAAUGGGCUUGCUUGGGAAUAAUAUACAGAAAUCGAGCUGAUUCUGCUUUUCUUGUAGAAUGUGAAUCACUUGGAAAUUUGAAUAG